UGUUCUGGUUCCUAACACAUUCGAUCACUUUUCUGGUCAUGUUAUAGUUAUCAAUUUAUUUUCUCUUUGGUUGAUGAAACUGGAAAGUCCAGAUUCUAAUUUAGCAGAAUAUUGGUGCACACACAGUCACAUGGAUGGAAUAAGGCAGUGCAUAAAAUUACAAAAAUAUAUAACGUAUGAUUGAAGUAUGUACCAAACAAUUUGACCAAGAAAAGAACAAAUAUACCAUAAAAAUGUCUAUGAUUGGAGUCUUGAAGAUCAGAAAACAAAAGUCUUAUUGUUGUACUCUACUUAUACAUUGGUUCAUGACUAUAUAUUUGACAUUGAGUCAUUGACCACCAUUGACCCCUCCUUCCCAGCUUGUGGCUAUUUUAGUUUUUUACCUUCUUUAUUGUUGAUUUUUGUUUCCCUCACAACUCAGCUGCUUAAUUUACAAGUUCAAUUUAUAUAAUCUAUUCUAGGUUGCGGAGAAGAUGAUUUCUGAAGGCAGGUGGGCAUGGAGAAGAAGAAUCCGAAAGAAGGUGGUGGAACAACCUGUUAGACAUUGAGGAGGCCAAAAAACAGGUCUUAUUUUCAUUGCCAAUAAUUCCCACCAAUGUGUUCUUUUCCUUGAUCCCAUUGGUCUCAGUCAUGUUUGCUGGCCACCUCGGUGAGCUUCAGUUGGCUGGUGCAACCCUGGCCAACUCAUGGGCCAAUGUUACUGGUUUUGCGCUCGUGGUUGGCUUGAGUGGAGCUCUUGAGACACUUUGUGGACAAGGCUUUGGAGCAAAGUCGUACAGAAUGUUGGGGAUUUAUCUUCAAGCCUCUUGCAUCAUAUCCUUCCUGUUAUGUUCCAUCAUAUCCAUAAUCUGGUUAUAUACAGAGCCCUUACUGAUUUUACUCCAUCAAGAUCCUCAAAUUUCAAAAACUGCAGCUCUCUUUUUGAAACAUCUGAUCCCUGGAUUAUUUGCAUAUGGAUUCCUGCAAAACAUCUUGAGAUUUCUUCAGACACAAUCUGUAUAUGUCAUGCCAAUGGUCUUCUCAGUGAUUGCCAUUGUUUUUCAUAUUGGCAUCACAUAUGGUUUGGUACAUCGGACAGCUCUUGGAUUCUUGGGAGCUCCACUUGCAGCCUCAAUUUCUCUAUGGUUAUCUGUUCUUAUGUUGGCCUUCAAUGUCAGUUGUACAAAGAGUUUUGAGCGUACGUGGGAAGGAUUUUCAUUUGAAUGUUUCGAUUAUAUCCUCACUGGCUUAAAACUGGCCCUCCCCUCUGCAACAAUGGAAUGUUUGGAGGAAUGGGGUUUUGAGAUUCUAGUGCUCUUAGGUGGAUUGAUGCCAAACUCUGCAAGAACAAGUUCACUACUUGCAAUGUGUGUAAAUACACAAGAAAUUGGUUACAAAAUUACAUAUGGCCUCAUUGCUGCUGCCAGCACAAGGGUGUCAAAUGAAUUGGGAGCAGGCAAUCCAGAUAGGGCUAAGAAUGCAAUGGUUGCGACUCUUAAGCUCUCCGUGCUUCUUUCUUUCGCGAUUAUUCUGGCUCUUGUGUUUGGUCACAAUAUUUGGGUUGCCUUCUUCAUUGACAGCAAUGCAAGUUAUGCAGUAUUGAGACAGGACUUUGCUUCCAUGACACCAUUGCUUGCAAUCUCAAUAAUUGUUGAUUCUGUUCAAGGUGUCUUUUCAGGUGUGGCUAGAGGAUGUGGGUGGCAACACUUGGCUGUGUAUGUAAAUUUGGCAACAUUCUAUUUGAUUGGUAUGACAAUUGCUGGUCUUCUUGGAUUUAAGUUCAAACUAUAUGCCAAGGGCUUGUGGAUUGGUAUAACCUGCGGUCUCUCCUUUCAAGCGAGCACACUCUUGCUGAUUACACUGCUCAAGGAAUGGCCUCGAUCAGAUUUAUCUAAAAAUCCAGAGGAAGGAAGCCCAGUUUUGGUCUAGAUAAAUGUUAGGCAAAAGUAAUUGUUAAACAACAAAUUACCAUUUGGGGAAAACUUUGUUUAUGCAUUCAUCGAGAAAUAAAACAAAAUAAGAGAAUCCAUGAAGUAACAUGGUUUGGCGAUA